AUGCCCUCAGCGACAGGAACCAAGCGUGUCAGAGGCGUUUCUGUCUUCCGGCCAUUCGUCUUCGGCAGCGAAGCCCAACCCUUCGACCCAGCCAAGAAACCCCCCAACGUCCCAGCCGACCACACGCACCAGUGGCGCGUAUUCGUCAAAGGCGUCAACGGCGAAGACAUCUCCUACUGGCUAAAGAAAGUGCAAUUUAAGCUCCACGAGACUUACGCACAGAACGUGCGGACGAUCGAACAGGCCCCCUUCGAAGUCACCGAGACCGGAUGGGGUGAAUUCGAGAUUCAAAUCAAGCUAUAUUUUGUUCCGGAAUCGACCGAGAAGCCGCAGACUCUAUGGCAUAGUUUGAAGUUGCACCCCUAUGGGCCGGACGCGGAAGCGAAGAAGGAGCGCCGCGAGCUGGUAAUCAGUCAGAACUAUGAGGAGGUGGUGUUCAAUGAGCCUGUGGAGCAGUUUUAUGAGCUCUUGACGGGUGGUACGGGCGCAGCAGGGCAACCGCAGAAGGGGAAGGGUGGCAAGAAUACCAAGCAGGCGCAGCAGCAGCAGAAGGGGGUAAGGACGGCUGAGAUUCCGGUUAAUUCGUCCGCGGACAAUCCGUAUAGUCGGACGACGGAGAGUAGUGAAAUGGAUCGGUUAGGGGAGGCGAAUAAGACAGUCGAGCAGAUGAUCAAACAGGAGAGGGAACGAUUGAUUGAGCGGGAGAAGAGGUUGGCGGAAUUGCGUGCGAGUGAGGGCGUGCCGGCUACUACGAAGAAGCGUUAA